AUGAUUUCUCAAAAAAUCAUAGUUGAAUUUAGCUUGAUUCACGGUAAAUUUGCUUCGACUACAGUUGACCUUCUCCCUCAAGUGAUUAUUCUGCACCCUUGCGCCGCCGUAGCAAAAUCUCAGCUUUCAACUUCCAUGGCCGAUAUGCUGCACCGUGCGAUUGGAUCGAUGUCCCUUGACGAUGAAGAACCAUUGGUGCUGCCUGACAGCCCUCAAUAUACGGUGAUUGACUCUAACGAAACAAGCUUGUUAGGUCGCUUGCUGAACCCUGACUGUCAAUCAAUGUCUCGCAUGAUUGAAUAUAUGCCGACGGCAUGGCGUGUGGUUGGGAGAGUCAGGGGCAUUGCUCUUUCCCGUGACCGGUUCCAGUUUAUUUUUCAACGGGAGGAAGACCUUCUUACGGUGCUUAAAGACAGACCCUGGUCUUAUAACCACUGGACUAUGGUCUUGGAAAGGUGGAACUCUUCUCCUCCUGAUGAUUUUCUCUCGACUAUGGAAAUUUGGAUCCGCAUCAGGAACAUUCCAGUCAACAACUUCACUACUCAAACGAUGCACACGCUGGCGUCGGAGAUUGGCCACGUCGAAGAGAUUGCGUAUGAUCCUAAGGUUUCUCAUACCAAGGAAUACAUACGAGCCAAGGUUACUUUCAAGGUGGACAGUCCAGCAAAGGCGACAAGGAAACUGUCCAUCAAGAAUGGGGGUACAGUUACGAUUGUGUAUGACUAUGAGAAAAUCCAUAAAAGAUGUUUUCAUUGUCUCCGGCUUACUCACGAAAAGGUCAGAUGCCCACUUCUUAGGAACCCAUCCAAAGGACAACAGGCGUCUGAUCUAGGCAGAGCUCAGAAGCAAAGUACUCAAAGUCUGGUGUUGGCUAAGACUAAGGGUCGACCGGAUCUCCUGGAUGGUCCGCCUGGCUUCCCUCCACUUUUUCCGGAGCUUUCAAAACAGGACCAGAAGAUGGCGAUGCUCUACAUCUCUCAUGCUGAUGAUACUGAACGUCAAGCUCGAAUAUUACGUGUCAAACAAGGCAUUGCUGAGAAUGAAAUGGAAUCAUCGUUACGAAUAACAAAGAUCACCAAUCAAUUAGACAAGGGCAAGGGGCAUGUCUUUCAGUACUCUGAUAUGAUGAAGCCUACGCAAGGGGAGAGCUCGCUCCCUCUCAUUCCGGUCUCUAUCGCCAAUAAGGAUCUUAGCAAGGCGGAUUCUUCAGGGUCUUCCUCCUAUGGUUCAGAAUCUCUCUCUGCUCCGAUAGAUGGUUCGACGGGUUUUCAGCUUGGCCCCUCUUCGGGGGGGCGGGUUUCCGGAAACCACCUAAAGAGCAAGUCACAGAGGAAGAGACCUUCUUCGUGGAAGAGAAAACUAAGUCCCAGACCAUGUACCUCUCUUGCAGCCCCUGGUCCGCAAGAAGGCUCUCAGGCAACGCAAGGCAGCAUGAAACGAAAAUCUUCACUCGACUCUCCUGCUUCAGAUACCAAAACCCCAAAACACACAGAAUCUUCGGUGGCUUCCGUAUUGAAGCCGCUGCUUCCCCAAUGA